CUGUAAUAUCAUUGGGGUCAAAGUCUUGAUUUCAAAUACUGUUCUAUAAAUACUUAAAAGGUGCAAAAAGCCCUGGAGCUGAAGAGCUGUAAUCAAUGGAGAUUCCAAUAUUUACUGUUGAUGCUUUUACUAAUGUGCCUUUUAAAGGUAAUCCUGCUGCAAUAUGUCUCAUAGAGAAUGAGCUGCAAGAUGAUCUUUAUCAGAGCAUUGCUGCUGAAAUGAAUUUAUCAGAGACUGCUUUCAUCACAAAAAGGAAUUCUGUGGAUUUUUCUUCAGGUGCAAGGUUUGGGUUACGCUGGUUUUCUCCCACAAAUGAGGUCCCACUAUGUGGACAUGCUACCCUGGCCUCAGCAGCAGUGCUCUUUUACAUGAAAAAAAAUAUCAACCCUGUACUGGUGUUUGAGACGAUGAGUGGAGAGCUUUAUGUGCGUCAGCAUGAAGAAUCUCUAAUAAUGGACUUCCCCUUAAACAAACCAGACCCCCAGGACCAACAUGAAAUCAAGGAUCUUUUAAAGGCUGCUGUAGGAGAUUUACCCGUUCAGGAUGUGUGUUACAGUCCAGCCACAAAGAAACUGAUGGUUCGUCUUGCUGACACAUGUGACAGGUCUGAACUUGAGUCACUGAGGCCAGAGGAAGAGGCUCUUCUAAGAAAUGAAACCACUGGUAAGAUUAAAAGUCUUAUCAUUACACUGAAAGGAGCAGAGAGCACUCAGUCUGGAUAUGACUUCUACUCCCGUGUCUUCGCCCCAUGGGUUGGAGUCCCUGAAGAUCCAGUCACUGGGUCUGCACAUACAGUCCUUGCUGGCUACUGGUCUGAAAAGCUCAAGAAAAACAAAAUGUUAGCUCACCAGUGCUCCAGUCGUGGAGGCGAGGUAAAGCUGGAGAUAAGAAAUGAUGGUCGACUGGACAUCAUCGGUCAGGCGCAGAUCAUUCUGCAUGGAACUAUUAAAAUCUAAAACUUGUGGAUGUGAUAAAAAAAUCUAUUUUUUCUUUAUAUUAAUGUGAAAGUAAUGCAUCAUUUAAUAAAAUCCACAAAGACCUGCAAACUCCU